AUGCAGCUACAAACGUCGUGGGAAGCCUUCAAAGCAACUCUGCUCCAACUGCCAAAGUCAAGGUAUCGCGAUACGUUCAUACAGAUCCGCAAGUCCCGAUUGAAAUACACGGUUUCGCUGACGCUUCCAUGCGAGCAUAUGGAGCGUGCAUCUACGUUCGCACUCAAACUGCUGAAGGUGGUCCUAUGGACCGACUCCGAGAUCACUCUGCAUUGGAUCAAAACUCAUCCUUCGUCGUUGUCCGUUUUCGUCUCAAACCGAGUAGCUGAGAUCCAAGAGUGGUCGGAGAAUGCAAUUUGGCGACACGUUCCCACGAAAGUUAACCCAGCGGAUAUAGUGUCUCGAGGAUGUGACGUUGAAGAUCUUUUAACGUCCAUUUGGUUCGUGAGUCGUCGCGGGAUUCCGGAAAAAGUGUGGUGCGACAACGCGACCAACUUCGUCGGCGCGAAUCGACAUCUGAGAGAGUUCCGGGCCCGUCUGGAGGAGCAGGGGGGCGGUAUCGAAGCAUUCGCGUCAAAAAAAGGAUGCAAGUUUGCGUUCAUACCGCCCAGAGCACCUCACUUCGGCGGUCUAUGGGAAGCAGGUGUGAAGUCUGCAAAGCACCUGUUCCUUCGGACGGUCGGUCACGACCUCUUGACCGCGGAGGAGCUCGGAACUCUCCUCGCCAGCGUGGAGGCGGUGCUGAACUCAAGGCCCAUCGGAGCGUUAAGCAGCGACCCCAGCGACGGCGAAGCCCUCACCCCCGGACAUCUCCUGAUCGGCGGCCCGCUGGUCGCACCACCACCGUCGGCACUCCCGGACCAGAUCAGCCCGACCUGCUUGCGAAGAUGGCGCAGUGUCUCGUCGCUCAGGCACAGGUUCUGGCAGCGAUGGUCCCGGGAGUACGUCUCCAGCCUGCAGACGAGGCAAAAGUGGAACCAGGAGGUCCAAAACGUCGCCGUGGGAGCUCUCGUCGUCGUCGGCGAGGACAACCAACCGCCCCAGCAGUGGAGGAUCGGGCGCGUAGUGGAGGUGCACGUCGGCGCUGACGGAAAGGUCCGAGUGACGGACGUCAAGACGGCAGAUGGGGUAUUCAGGCGAGCCAUCCAUCGGCUGGCUCUUCUUCCAGCGUUGUCCUGA